CGAUCGAUGACUGACUUCAUACAUGUCUAGUCUGUCUCUUGCACUGAAUGCCUACGGUCUUAGCCUAUCAUUUCAUUGAAUUUAUUGACAAAAUAAUCUCUGCUAGAACCAAAGAACUGACCAAGGCAUAGCUACAGUAGCACUGACGCUCUAGCUCUUGCGAAUCUGACAAUGGAUCAGCUUUCAUUUUGACUUAAUAUUGCAGACUGCUUUAUUUGUACGUGGUCUGUAAGAACGGUUUCCAAGUGCAUAUCAAGUGCUCACCGAACUCUUGUACGAGCUCAUUUACAAACUUCUUUUCAAUAAUUUUUCAAGGAACCACGCUCCAAUGUUUUGUCAGUUUGAAACCUCAUCAAUAACGUGUGAGUGACGGAUUCUGUCUUCAAUGGCACCCUUGAACGAGUGGAGCACUAUUGUAGUGUGUCUCUGUUUGUGGCAAGUUGCCUCAGGCAUUCCUGUUCGGCUCACCAGUAAACAUACAUAUCCCAACAACCAAUCCAAUGCUGGCAGCGUCGAGGUUUUGUACAAUGGAACCUGGGGAGCCAUAUGUGACGACUACUGGGGAAUCAUCGAUGCCCGCGUGGUUUGUCGGGAACUCGGUUUUACAGAUGCCCUGUCUGCACCAUGCUGCUCAGCGUUUGGUUACAACGAAACCAAACCCAUCUGGCUCGAUGAUGUUCGAUGUCAAGGCAACGAGACAAACAUAAGCCAGUGUGAUAGUAAUGGUUGGGGAAAUCAUGACUGUGGAUGGCAGUCUCAUGCAAACGUGGUAUGUCGGCCAAAUAACUUUACCAAAGGCUUUAAGUUCCGUCUUGCUGGAGGCUUGGUCCCUUAUGCUGGCCGAGUAGAGGUUCUGUAUGGAGGAGUCUGGGGCGAUGUAGACAACUAUGGCUGGGAUCUCAACGCUGGUCACGUGAUGUGCCGAAGCCUUGAUUAUCCUGCGGGGGCGCUGACUACAGUCACCCACUCUCCAGGCAUUUUUCCAGGCACGCCAUCCAGUGUCAAAUGGAUGGAUAAUAUUCGUUGUCUUGGCAACGAAUCGUCUCUUGCUGAUUGUCAAUUUGAUAUUGAGACGAGGAUGGUUUCUAGUGGUUUUAACGGUGGUGUGGUGUGCAAUACAGGAAAUAACACAGUUUACCAAUUCAGACUGGCACAUAACGAUAACACUCUGCUUUCAUAUGCUGGCCGCGUUGAAAUCCAAGUGGCUGGGGUCUGGGGUUCAAUUAACAGCAUUCAAUGGAAUCUCGCCGCAGCCAACGUGACAUGUAGACAACUGGGCUACCGUGCAGGCGCGGAAAUGGCCAUUCUUGGAGCGACGGUGGUUUUUAAACUUAGAGCAAGUGGCAAUGAAUGGAUUCCUAAUAUUCGAUGUUCAGGGUUUGAAAACUCGCUGAAUGAGUGUAACUACUCGAUUGAGUUUGGGCGUUCAUAUGAUGACGCAGGAGUCGUGUGCUCGACGAACCAUUCCGACACUAAAUAUCGCCUGGCGGGAGGCACUAAUUUCUCUGGACGAGUCGAGAUUAACAACGCAGGAGUCUGGGGAACAGUUCACAAUGCAGGCUGGGACAUCAAAGCUGCCAAGGUGUUAUGUACGAGUCUGGGCUUUAAAGGGGUUUCUCACGUGAUCAAGUUUGCUGCUGGUCCCUUUGGACCCGGUUUUGGGCCGUUAUGGCUGAGGGACUUGAAGUGUGAAGGGAACGAAUCAAGUCUAUGGAAGUGUAGACAUGCAUUAGUUGUGCAAGACUCUUUCAGCCAUGACUAUGAUGCUGGUGUUGUGUGUGAAACAAACUCAAAACAGACUGCCCUGGAAAACAUGAAAAUUCGACUCGACGGAUCCUACUUUGGCCGAGUAGAAGUCUGGUAUUCGGGAGUCUGGGGCACAAUCAGCGGCGAUAACUUUACCAAACAAGAUGGUGACGUAAUUUGUCGCCAGCUCGGCUUCCCGUACUCCAUAGAGGCUUUGGGGUAUGGCGCAUUUGGUCCGGGGACUGGGCCUGUGUGGUUGAGCAAGAUGAGUUGUGCUGGUAUCGAGAAGACUAUCUCUUCUUGUCCGAUUGGUGGGUUGAGCUCUGUGUAUCCAACACACGUGAACGAUGCUGCUGUGAUAUGUAAGACAAGUAAAACUGUGGAUAAUGAUUUUUCACUUCGUCUCGUCGGUGGAAACACCAGCGGUCGCUUGGAAGUUCAGUACAAAGGAAUCUGGGGCAGCAUUGUGCACGUGAAACGAGACCAGCUAUCACGUUUUGGACACGUGGUUUGCAGACAGCUCGGUUUCUUAGGCGUGCUGACGACAUUAUGGAAUGCAGCUUCCAUAUAUGGAAGUGGUAAUGGACCUGUUUGGAUGACACAUGUUCGUUGCCUUGGAAACGAGUCCAAUAUUGGAGAAUGCUACUUUGAGAAGAAUUAUCACGGCGCUUAUCCUGAGGUUGGAGUACUGUGCAAUCAAACAAGGCUGCCACGUAUUACGACCUCGAGCCCCACAAGUCGUACGACUUCAAAAGGCACAACUGCUCAAGUUCAAAUCGAACAUUCCACUGACGGCCAAUCAGGAAUCAACUGGUUUAUAACAGUUGGGCUUCCUGUGCUUUUUGGACUGCUGGUCUGUCUGAUAAUCUUGGUUUGCUAUGUGCGGGUCUACAGAGAGAAAAGAGGAAUGUACGAUACCAAUAAUGAAUUCAUAAGGAUGGAUGACGUCACGGGGUAUACAGAAAACAGCGAUCUUUCGUACUCGUUUCGAAACUUAGCCCUGGAGAACGGCGACGACCGCUGGACAGUUAAAGGGUUACCAGACGAGCGGGACUGGUGGGAGAUCCCUAGAGGUUGCGUCUUACUAGAUGUAGAUAUUAGCUCUAACAAUAGAACGGUUAUAUACAAUGGGAGGCUGAAGAAUGACGGGGGAAUAAUCAGGGACUGUAUGGUGAAGACAGUUCGAGAUCCAAAUUAUAGUAGUUAUUCUGCGAAUUUAAAAAACGAACUCAUGACAGUUUCUCGUCUGGACAAGCAUCCAAAUAUCCUGUCUCUGAUUGGUGCUUGUACAUUUAGGGGACCUUUGCAGUUGGUUUUUGAACGCCCACAGAAUGGUAAUCUAUUGCGAUAUCUGCAAAGUCACCAGACGACUGUAGACAGUAAUGCCAAUAGAUGUGAGAACAAAAGAUGUUCUCUACCCAAGGCAGAGCGGCUUAGAAUAGCUAUGGACGUGGGUAUCGGCAUGAGAUGGCUCGCUGAUCAAAAGUGUGUUCAUGGUAAUCUAGCGGCAAGAAAUCUUUAUCUUGGUAAGAACGGCACCGUUAAAAUCGCAAGUAUUGGGACACCACGUGACUCCAAAGUAACCAAGGACGAUGUGUGUUUGAGGUGGAUGGCUCCUGAGAGUAUAAAAAACAUGAACUUUUCUACUAAAAGCGAUGUAUGGUCAUAUGGAACUCUAGUAUGGGAGAUAGAAACAGGAGGUUCAGUUCCGUACUCUGAUAUAAAACCCUUUGAAAUUGUUGACAAAUUGAAAACUGGAUACAAACUGCAUCAGCCAUUGAAUUGCUCAGACGACCUGUAUGCCCUCUUAAGUAACUGUCGCCAUGACAACCCAAAUAAAAGACUGGACUUUACUGAAAUAUGUGGCACGCUUGAAAUACUGAUCAACAAGGAGACGGCAUGCUAAAUUGAUCCCACCAACCAUGUGGGCUACCUGUGGUUGGUCAGAUCCCAUUGACUUGAUUAUCAGGUAACGCGAAGAGAAGCUGAUCCAAUGUGGGUUACCUGUGGUUGGUCAGAUCCUACUGACUUGAUUAUUAGGAAACGUGAAGAGAAGCUGAUCCAAUGUGGGCUGCCUGUGGUUGGUCAGAUCCUACUGACUUGAUUAUCAGCAAACAUGAAGAGAAGCUGAUCCAAUGUGGGUUACCUGUGGUUGGUCAGAUCCUACUGACUUGAUUAUUAGGAAACGUGAAGAGAAACUGAUCCAAUGUGGGCUACCUGUGGUUGAUCAGAUCCCAUUGACUUGAUUAUAUCAGGAAACACUAAGAGAAGCUAACCCCACCCGCUAUGUAGGCUGCCUGUAGUUGGCUUGACCAGUUGAAUAACGAAACGUUUGUCCUACGUACCAAAUGAAAUUCACUGAUUUACCUAUUUUAAAAACGUAAUUUUUGGAUAACCUAAUUAAUUUUUAAAAACAGCUUAAAAUAUAAUACUUUAAAAUAUUGUCAAUAAACUAUACAAUUUUUAUUAU